GUCUUCGGCCCUUCCGUUCGCCGUCUGCCCGUCGCCGUCCCCAAACUAUCGCCCUUUCGCUGUCGCCUUCCAUUUUCCAAUCGUCAACAACCACCUCGCUCCCGCUUAGUUAAACUCGUCGCCAUGCCGUCCGUGGAGGUCCACUGGCCACUCCAACCUUCCCCUUCCUCCCCUACUAUCCGCUCUCCGGUCCCCACCCACGACCGCCGUGAUGCGGCCGCGGCCCUCCCGCUUCCUCCAGCUACUCCUUGUCGUUGUGAUCGCCUGCGCCGUUCCGGGGGUGAGAUGCUCCGACCGGCGGUUUCCGCACCUCGACCGCGUCCGCGAGCUCCAACGCCGGGAGGGCUCGUCAUCGGCCGAGCAGGAGGCCGCUGCGAGGGGACUUCUGGCGCGCCUCCUACCGUCACACUCUACCAGCUUUGAGUUCAGAGUCAUCUCCACCUCCACGGAGCUAUGUGGUGGGAAGACAUGUUUCGUCAUCAACAACCACCCGUUGUUUGAUGGAGAAGGGACUCCAGAAAUAUUGAUACUUGGAGCAAGUGGGGUGGAAAUUUCUGCUGGCUUUCAUUGGUACUUGAAACACUAUUGUGCAGCACAUAUAUCUUGGGAUAAAACCGGUGGUGCACAACUAUCAACCAUUCCGCGUCCUGGGUCACUACCUCGUGUUCCUGAUGGUGGUGUACUGAUUCAAAGACCCAUUGACUGGAGCUACUACCAGAAUGCAGUUACAUCCAGCUAUUCUUUUGCUUGGUGGGAUUGGGACCGUUGGGAGAAGGAAAUUGACUGGAUGGCUCUUCAAGGAAUAAAUUUGCCUCUUGCUUUCACUGGGCAAGAGUCUAUAUGGCAGAGGAUUUUUGAGAGGUACAACAUUAGCAAAUCAGAUCUGGAUGAUUUCUUUGGUGGGCCAGCCUUUCUUGCAUGGUCUCGAAUGGCUAAUAUGCAUGGAUGGGGUGGACCUCUCCCUCAGACUUGGCUUGAUGACCAACUAGUUCUUCAAAAGAAAAUCCUUUCUAGGAUGUACUCUUUUGGCAUGUUCCCAGUUCUUCCAGCCUUCUCUGGCAACAUCCCAGCUGCGUUAAAGUCAAAGUUCCCUUCAGCUAAAGUCACUCACCUUGGAAACUGGUUUACAGUUGACAGCAAUCCAAGGUGGUGCUGCACAUAUCUUCUUGAUGCAUCUGAUCCUUUAUUUGUAGAAAUUGGGAAGAUGUUUAUAGAAGAGCAAAUCAGAGAAUAUGGUAGGACAAGUCACAUCUACAACUGCGAUACUUUUGAUGAGAACACUCCUCCAUUAAGUGACCCGAAUUAUAUAUCUUCGUUGGGUGCUGCAACGUUCAGGGGUAUGCAGAGCGGUGACAACGAUGCUAUUUGGUUGAUGCAAGGUUGGCUGUUUACCUAUGAUCCUUUCUGGGAACCUCCACAAAUGAAGGCACUACUGCAUUCUGUUCCUGUUGGCAAAAUGAUUGUUCUUGAUCUUUACGCCGAAGUUAAACCAGUGUGGAUAAAUUCUGAUCAGUUAUAUGGUGUUCCCUACAUCUGGUGCAUGCUCCACAAUUUCGCUGCAGAUUUUGAAAUGUAUGGUGUUUUAGAUGCUUUGGCUUCUGGGCCUAUUGAUGCUCGAUUAAGUGAUAACUCCACAAUGGUUGGAGUUGGUAUGUCUAUGGAAGGUAUUGAGCAAAAUCCUAUUGUUUAUGACCUUAUGUCAGAAAUGGCCUUCCAUCACAGACAAGUUGAUCUUCAGGUUUGGGUCAAGACAUAUCCAACAAGAAGAUAUGGAAAACCAGUGAAGGGACUGCAAGAUGCUUGGUGGAUUUUGUAUCGAACUUUAUAUAACUGCACAGAUGGUAAAAAUGACAAAAAUCGGGACGUGAUAGUAGCCUUCCCAGAUGUCGAACCUUUUGUUAUUGCGACACCAGGGUUGCAUGUGAAUACUAGACAAAUGUAUUCUACAGUACCAUCGAAGAAUUACAUACGGAAGGACGUCUCUAGUGAUGCAUAUGAACAUCCUCAUCUAUGGUAUGAUACUAAUGCUGUUAUUCAUGCCCUGGAACUUUUUCUUCAACAUGGAGAUGAAGUAUCUGACAGCAACACCUUCAGGUAUGAUCUUGUGGAUUUGACUCGUCAAGUUCUGGCUAAAUAUGCUAAUGACGUUUUUCUAAAGAUCAUCGAGAGCUAUAAAUCAAACAACAUGAAUCAAGUCACCAUCCUCUGCCAGCACUUUCUCAGCCUCGUAAAUGACCUUGACACAUUACUAUCCUCUCAUGAGGGUUUUCUGCUUGGCCCUUGGUUGGAAAGUGCCAAGGGCCUUGCACGAAACAGUGAGCAAGAAAUACAGUAUGAAUGGAAUGCUAGAACACAAAUUACAAUGUGGUUUGACAACACUGAGACAAAAGCAAGUUUAUUGCGCGACUAUGCAAACAAGUACUGGAGCGGCCUGCUGCAAGAUUACUAUGGGCCAAGGGCCGCCAUCUACUUCAAGCACUUGUUAUUAAGCAUGGAGAACAAUGCACCUUUCGCCCUCAAAGAAUGGAGGAGGGAAUGGAUCAGUCUCACCAACAACUGGCAGAGCGAUAGGAAGGUGUUUUCAACCACGGCUACAGGAGACCCUCUGAACAUAUCGCAGUCGCUUUACACGAAGUACUUGAGCAACGCUGAUCUACUUGGGCUAGUAGAAGGUACAGGCUCUCCUUGGAAGUCUGCAAGCUUAUAAGUAGGUGAUGCGUGCAAUCAUGGGUCAUUUCAGAUUCGCAAUUACUUUUUUUUCUCUAAUGUUUUUCCUCAAACUCAUAAAUAUCGUUUGGCUGCGACAUGGUUGCUACGAAUCAGUUCUGUGUGAACUGUGAAGUACUGAAGUCUUUCUGUAUAGCAGUAGAAGGACGGGUUUCUUUCCUUUUUCCAGUGUUCCUUGCCGUAAAUUUUUCAGUUCUGUAUGUAUCCCCAUUUUUCCAUGACCAUGCACAGUAAAGUAGCCCUUAGGAGAAUGGUCAUGGAAAAAUUCGGCCUAGUUCAGGGUGUCGGAACUUUACUGUGCGUCUGUACCUGAGAAUCGUGCUGCUUUCUGUGAAAUCCAUGUCUUUCAAACA